AUGGAUUUUAGUGAUAGUGAACCCACACCCAGUGGUAGCUGGUGCGCCUGCACCGAGAAUUGCAAACAGCGCAAAGAGCGGCACGCGAGGGAGAGACGUAGGGAUUACUAUGGAGCUGAGAUUGGAAGAUUGAAGAAUUAUGCCCACGGAAUCCGAGGGACAGUUUACGCCAUCGAUGAGACAACAAUGUUUAUCAAGGGAUUUUCCUACGAUGGUACAGGUCCGGAUGCCUUCUUCUGGAUCGGUGACAGCCAGAGACCCAGUCCUGAGGGCGAUAUUGUCCCAUACCCUGAGGAUUAUCCUGGCAGAGAUCCACCAGUUCUCACUGCUUACAACGAUACUGACGUGAUUCUCAGACUACCACUUGGAAAGAAGAUCAGGGAUAUCAAGUGGCUCAGCGUCUGGUGCAGGAGAUUCACCGUGGACUUUGGUGACAUCGCAAUACCCCCGAAUCUCGACAUCCCGAAGCCAAGAAUUCUCCCCGAAUUUUCCCGUCUCGCCCACGGCCUCCGAAGUGGCAACAUCAGCAUCCUGGACAGCAAGACCUUUUACAUACCAAAUUUGCAUUACGACGGGGCAGGACCCGACGCCUACUUCUGGGUGGGAACUGGCACUGAGCCCAAUAUCAUGGGUACCAAAGUACCAAAUGAAAUUGGAAGUUUGACAAAACUACGGGGGUACCAGGGUGAGGAUAUUGAAAUCGUCCUGCCAGGCAGUUCAACUGUAUUUGAUAUUGACUGGCUGUCGGUCUGGUGUGUCCAGUACAAACAUAAUUUCGGACAUGUCAUGAUACCAAAAGAUCUGGACGUGCCACCUGCAUUGGGGCAAACUAAAAUCACUCCGCCAUGGUGGUACAACCCCACAAGCAAUAGUCCUCCAAUCGGUGGUAUGCCAGGGCCCGGUGGACAGGAAUUAACCAACUGCAAAGAAUUAUUGGAAGGUCGUGUUCAAGUGCAGUGGGAAGUUAUGGGUGAGGACGUAUGGGUGCGAGUAUCAGGACGGAUAAGGGAGGAUCAGUAUGUCGCCUUCGGUCUGUCUGGGCUUGAGGGAAAAGCACAAAUGGAAGGUGGUGAUGUGGUGGUAGUUGGAUACGACAAAAGAAAGAAGAAGUUCAUUGCUGAGGAUUACUACAUGUCGGAUUUAGCACAGUGCGAUGGUAGAAAAGGAGUUUGCCCCGAUGAGAGAGUAGGAGGGAAGAAUGAUGCUGUUUUGAUAGAUGGCACAAGAAAGAAUGGCAUUACAACAGUUACUUACAAGCGUCCCCUUCGCACAAACGAACCAGAAAAAGACCGGAUGAUCCCAGAGAACGGUGAAACGAGUGUGAUAGCAGCUAUCGGUGUUCUGAAUGAUCGAGGAGAGGCGAAUGCUCACUGGGCUGGUGACAAGACCGUCGAGGACAUCCGCAUGGAUUUCACAUCGAGGAACGUCCACGAGUGCACCAAUUCCUUGUACAAUAUUCCAGAUGAUCCAGAGGACAAUCUGAUACCAUGGCCACCAGCUAUGAUCAUGGACGAGAACAAUUUCACAGCGAGAAUUGGUCCAACCGGUGACAAGAGAGGAUACUCCAAGAUCACUGGUCAGCCCUCCUGGGGUAUCGCCUGGUACAUCAAUGAUCUUCUAAUUCCUGAAAUUACAGUGGAACGUGGACAGACUUAUACUUUCAUCGUCGAGGGUGGUAACAAUCCUGCGAACCCAGCGCGUUAUCAUCCAUUUUAUAUCACUAGCAGUCCAGAGGGUGGAUUUGGCCAGAAAAGUGAGCCCCAGCAGAGAAAUGAAAAAGUAUUCGCUGGAGUGAAGUACAGUCCUGAGGGUGAGCCAGAACCCACCGCUGCUGGACGAUAUUGCGAGUGGACACACAAGGGUAUUGAUAUGAGUCUUCAAUCCCCUACGUUCGAUAAUUAUUUCGAGACUCUCAGACUCGAAUGCGACUCGGGAGAACCCGCCAAACUUGUAUGGACCGUCACCCAGGAUACGCCUGAUCUUGUCUACUAUCAGUGUUACUCGCACAAAAAUCUCGGCUGGAGGAUCAACGUCCGAGAAUCAGGGUACAGUUCUCGUCACGGUACCGCUGGCACCGCUGCAAAAAUCGCGAAUUAUCUCCCAGUCCUGAUGAGCAUCUACGUCCUCCUGAGAUGAAUCGACUGGUUCCCACGAUUUUCCGACAAUUAAUUAAUCGCACAUACAGCCACGUACAAUUAACGCCGCAAAACCGAAGGCAAACGAAUGAAAUAAAAAAAAAAGGAUAAUGAGAGAAAGUCGAGAAAAUUCAAGGUUGUAAGAAAGUACUUAGAGUAAGAAUCAUAACAUGUAAAAUUGAAAUGCUAUACAGAGGAUUGGCGAGAUAUUUUUAAGACCUAUCAGAUUCAAUAUUUCAUAUUAUUAUUAUACAUAUAUUAUAUAUAUACAUUACUGUAGGGGAAGGGAGGGAUGCGAGUGGUGGGGUGAAAUUAAUGAAUUAUACACGUCCGCAGGUGAAGGAAAAAUUAAUCGAAAUUAUUGACAAUAUCAUGAACAAAUGAGGGAAUUUUCGAUGCAGCAUGACAAUACAUGAGGGACUGAGGUCUCUCAGACAAUAAAAGCUGCAUCGAGUGUUCACUGUUUUCGAUUGAAUGUUUAUUCUCGAGGUAAUCGACAAUAUUGAGCGAAUUGGAGAGAGAAUACUGAUUAAUAUGAUCUUUCCUUCAAUAAUGAGUGACAACAAAUGAAAGUAUUAAUGAAAGAAUUGAUUAAUUGUAAAAUCAAAUGAAUUUGAUAACUCUUUAUCUUUGUUUUCGAUGAGGAAUGGUCAGACAGUGGAAUCACUGUGAAAUGGUGUAAAUUUUUGCACAAAAUAAUUAGAGAAUGAUUUUAAUAAUAAUUUUAUAAUUACAGAUAUAUACUGAUAAGGGGAUCGAUAGUGAAUACGAUUGGGGAACGAAGUUAAAUGCUGUCUGUUUGACAAUAAUGAAUAUGUAUAAUCAAUUUGGACGUACUGUCUCUCUGACAUUUGUGUCUGAUUAUUAUCGAGAGUAAUUAAUUUAGAGCAUUUAUUGGUACAUUCAUCGUAGCAUCAGCAUCUGUCGUGAAUCGAAUCAGAUGGUUUGGCGUGCUGUAUUGAUGCAAUAAUAAUGUAAUGUUUAGAUGUGUGGACCUUAUUUCAACAGAGUGAAAGUAUAAAACGUGCCUUGGGUGCAGGAUUUCAUGUCACUUAUUCAUUCUUGUUGUUUCUGCCAUUGGAAUUAUGAACAAAUUUUUGGACACCCACUUGGAUCACAUUAUUGGGGACUAUAUUUUAUGAUAAUCGAAUUCUUUCCUUAUUUUUUUUAUUCCUAAAAAAGGGAAAGACUUGAGUUUCAAUUGAGAAGUCAAAUCCCGAAGUUAUUAAAUUAUAAUUAAUUAGAUUUCACAUUUUUAAUUGCCGAUUUAUCCUCGUAAAUUCCUCCCACUUUUUUGUACUAUUUUAUAGAAAAAAAGAUUAGGUAAAUAAUGCCUGAGAAUUUUUACAGAAAAAUUCCAGCAGAAGAGUUGAAGAACAAUUUGAAAAUUCCGUGAGCUGAAUGUCCCCGAGAUAAAUUGCAAUUCAAUCAAACGAUUCAUCGAUGUUUUCGAUCUACACUCAAAGCGGAGAUAAAACUAUCAAACCAAGAAAUCAAAGGAAUACAUAAUCGAAUUAGAAUAAUAAGCGUAAUUAUCAAUUUUAGAAUUCUCACGUUUCAUUCCGCAAUUCCGUUAAAUCGUGGAGAAUAUCUUGAAUCCAAGUGUCCAUCCAAAAUUGCCAGUGGGUUGUCCCCCAAAUUAUCUCUAAUCACUAAAAAAAAUUCAAUCCAAUCCUCGCGACCUAGAUAACUGCAAAAAAAAAAAUAGAGAGG